AUGUUGAACCGUCCUAACCCCCAGGGUUUCCAGCCCUUUCGGCUAAGUAACGACAUCCCCGUUGUUGUGUUCCACAACAAUGCAAUCCCAACAACCAUUACCUACGCCUCAGCUUCUUCUAGUGAAAGCGUAGACUGGCGCGAGGAGAUCCGCUGUCUACGCUCCAGCAACGUGGUGCUCAUUGAGCGCAUGCUGCGCAACCAUCGGCCACACGACAUACUGAACCACCUGCCUGAAAACAUAGACUGGCGAUCGAAGACAUUCAAGCUCGCGCUUAAAGUCGAGUGCCUCAUAUUAAAAUGGGCUACGACACGCGCCGACUACCUGAACGAGCGCACACUGCAUCACCGCGUUAAACGUUUGUGCCGUUGCCUGGUGCGAAGUCACAUGUGCAAGAACGCAAUGGCAAAGAAGAUUGCCAAGUGCUGCUAG